AUGGCGCGUGUGAAACAGGGAAAGCCGCAGGCGAAACAGAACCAGCCGACACUCAAGCAAACUGCGCGAAAAUCCAUCGCCGGCCUCCCAAGAAAUCUCGCUACUAAAAAGACUACAACGAAAAAUGCCCCCGCUUCGAUCAAGAUGUUUAUGAGGGCGAAGCCCGCAAAGCCAGGCGUUCGGGCUCUCCAAGAAAUUCGAAGGCUGCAGAAAACCACUGACUUCUUGAUCCCGAAGUCGGCGAUGUUCAAGGUGGUGAAGGAGAUUAUUCACAACCACAAUCAUGACCUGCGGUUGCAAUCCAGCGCGUUGGAUGUGAUACGGACGGCCGUUGAAUCGUAUAUUACUGGGCUCUUCGAAGAUGCCAUGCUGCUUGCAAUCCACGCGCGACGCGUGACGGUCUUCCCAAAAGACAUGCAGCUUGCUUCCGACCUUGAAGUCAUGUCAUCCGGCGAGGGCGUAACAGCGGCAGAACUGCGCGAGCGGCGCAAGGCAAAGAUUUUGGCCAACUCCGAGGGGCGAAUGGCAAGGAUUUUGAGCGGACCGGGCGGAGAAGAGCAACGUCGAGCGCCGGCAAUGGAGGGCGGCGAACCAAUGGCUUGCCCGGAUUUCCAAAACAUCAACGAGCUUGCCGACACGUUUGCACCGCUCGCCUCAACAAGUCGGCCAUCCACUGGGGAGAGGAUCGAGGGUCCAGCCGGCAACACGGAAAAACAUUCGCAACUCGCUUCAUUCGACCCGUCGACAAGAAGAUACGAGCUGGACAUGCUGCUAGCGGUCGUGCUCGCCUUCUCGAUGUCAAUUUUGGGCCCAUUCAACAUCAUCUGGCUUUGGCUCGUUGCUUUUGGGAGUUUUGAAUACUUUCUUCGGAGCGAGAAUGCACAAAUCGGCGAAGAUCAACUACUGAACAUCAUCUCGCUUCUGCCCGCUGCUUCAGGUCAACAGCACAAUAUCCGGCGAUUAGCCCGCCUUGGCGCUACAAUGAAGUCCUUCUACGUCAACAGUUCCAUCUUCUACGUCACUUUUAUUGUGUGCUUUCAAUUCUUCCGCCUACUCCCGGGGGAACUAGAUAUG